GCUUUUAAUUCAACUUCUCCGUGAUAGCAAGACGCAAGGAAACGAGGGAAGGAAUGAAGGGAUAAAUAAAAAUAAAAAAUCAAAUGGUCGCUUUACAGUGACUGGGGCAAUAUUUGCAUCCUCGCAGUCUCAGAUAGAGCCACCUCCGUGGGAAUUCGCCGUUUCCCCCAAAAGGAGAGGAGAGACGCGCCGAGAAUAGGAGAAAGGAAGGAGAGCAGAGAAUUCAGUGAGUCACACGAUACCGUGAGUUCAAAAAUAAAAUACCAGCCCACAGUAGUGCCAUCACCGCUCGUGACUGCUGUGAUUGGUACAUCUGUAAAAACAGAAGCGAAUAUUCCGUCAUCGGUUGCAAGUAUUGGCCAUGUCGCCGAGGUCAGCGACCGUUUUUGCAGCUUUUUUGAUUCUGACAUUACUUCUCGAUGUCUCAUCCACAGGUACAGAAAGCAUCUGUAACCCGCGAAGCUGCGCAGCGCUGGACUUGACGUUGCUCAAGGCGUGCGUGGGUAGCUCGAAUGUAACUUGGAGAAACGAGUCACUAGCCAUCGAGACCAUUCCCUUCGGUACACUCGAGUCCGACUGGACGAGGCUACUGUUGCUCCUUAAGGAUCACCAGCCCAAGGAUACUCUGCUGCGCGAUUAUCUUCUCAGGCUCUCACGGUUGAUGCUCAUCGCUUACUUUGAUACCGAUCUUACCGAUACUUGGGACCCACGGAGUUCGACUCACGAACCAAACGAGGCCGAGUCCAGGACAAUCCCCGCGCCGGGAUCCCAAGACCACCGGACGAGCGAAGCAACACUGGGCCCAACAGCGCGGAAGGAAAUCACCGGUUUACCGAGUGAUCCGAGCGACAUCGGCCACGACAAUGCGACAGAGUCGAGCAGCGGAAGCACCGGCCAGGACUCGAAGACGACGGCUAACGAGACGAGCGGAAGCGACGGUCCACCAUCACCGGGGAGCGAUCAAAGGGACAAUAUCCAGUCGGACGGGGCAGCCAUCAGCCCUUCCCCCGACUCGUCCGAGUUUUUCGACUCACCGAGCACCGAGAAUCCCUUUGGGGAGGCAAACGCCUCGGGGGACAACAGUGGAGCGGGGCGCGAGGUAAACACCGACGACCCCCUGAAUUCGACCAGGAGCGCCGAGGAGCUGUUCUUCGGCGAGUCCAACGAGACGAGUGUCGCGGGUCAGGUGGCCUCUCCCCUGUCGACCUCCAGUGAUCCUGUGGACUCGAGCCCCGAGGACUUAACCGCGGGAACUUUGGCUCCGCUGAUGGGAAGGGGACAAGGUGCCGAGGACGGAGCUCGGCGGAAAGGAUCGAGGGACAACGGGGAUGAGGGACUACCCAAAAGUACGAGCAACGACCCCGGAACAUCGUCUUCGACGAGUGCUGAUGGCCAUCCAGCACCAGCCGCGGAGCACCGCGUCCGGUGA